AUGGCUUCGGACCGCCCCGGUGAUGCGGCUAAAGUUUCUCCAGCAUCUUCUGACACAGGCAGCCAGGCAAAGCCUAAGCUGAAGCGACAAAGAGUGACGCGUGAGGGCCCACCACAGCUUCAGUUUCUUGUUGCGACCAAUCCCUCGCAAUUCAGAGAUGAAGAUGCGAAGAGGAGCGUACGCUCGCAGGCUAUGAUACACUGGAGGCACGAAGAAAACAAGAAGAAGAGGAGAGGGAGCGUGGAGGUUGGCUCGAUUCCAAGCCCUCCUGCAAGCCAUACCACCCGCGGCAGACCUGUGAGAUCGGAGUAUGUCGCAUCCAGUCCUAUCCGUACACGUCGACCGAGGUCUUCUCAAAGUUCAGCUCCGUCUUGUCCAUCGGAUACCGAGCAGGAGCAGCAAGGAUAUGCGUACUCGAUCACGAAUUCGGAUCCAUUGGAUCUCAGCCCAAGCUCCAGUCACUCCUUUGACGCUGGUAGCUUAAGUUGGCAACUCACUGCGAUUGAAAACGCAAGCUGCUUCCCACAAUACCAAACGCAGAUACAAACCAUCACGGACGAAUCUGUCACUAAUUAUGAAGAGAGCAAGGAACACGAAGAACGCCAACUUCGAACGCUGAUUUAUGGCUUAGCCACAUUUCACAGUGUUAGCGGUUCCCACGAUCCUUUUGACGUAAUGCCGCAAUUUCAAAAUCCGCAGCUCAAUUCGCUGUAUCUGUCGCGCACGUGCAUGCGCGCGUUCGCUUCGGACUCGACGACGAAGAAAUGGCUGCCACUGAUGCUGUCACACCCGUAUAUCAUUCUUAGUUCUAAUAACCUAGCAUCAACAUGGCUUGAUAUGCACGAUCGGUGCUCUGGCGACAGCACGACAACAGCUUUGGUCAAAGCCGAAACCAUCACUAUGAUCAAUGAGCGUUUGGCCAACCCUGUCUUGCAGCCGGAUGACACUACUCUCAUAAUUAUCCUGCAUUUGUUCGCAGGAGAGAUGUGGGUGUGUGAUGAGGAAGUUCUGCGAAUCCACGAGAAUGGUAUUGCUACCUUCAUCACCCGACGCGGGGGUUUGCCAUCGUUUGCCCACAACAAAGCAAUGGCAGAGGUGGCUGUGGCUUGCUGCCAGCAUUGCGAUAUCUUCUGCGAAAGCGAAGUAUUGCCGCCCUUCCGGGAAAGGGUGCCUACAAGCUUCGCUCCUUUUGAAAGCAAAACAGCAGUGCCCGAAUCGCCGUUGUUCUGUCCGAGAUAUAACUACUUCACGAUUGCCAACGACGCAUACUGCUCGUCUUCUGCCCUGGAAUUGUUAUGCGAUAUGAGGGAUCUUACUAAUCUGUUCUUGAAGCAUAACGCAGCUUUGAAUGCGACAUACGAUGUUGAUGCCAUGGACAUUGAACACCUGCAUCCUAUACCUGACGACUAUGAAGCCAGAGUCCUUGAAAUCCAAAUGCGUAUGGCUUCGCGGCCGUCAGCCCAUACGCCUGGUGUGCUAGUGUCAGGGGACUGGAUAUACGAAGCAUGCCGCAUAACAGCACUGAUAUACACAGCCGCAAUCGUGAUGGGCGUACCUUUCUCUGUCGCCGCAGAUCCCAACUGCGUCGACUUAUUCGACACACCGACAUACUUUUCUAGACGUGACAGUUGCGCAGGUUCGCACAAAACUCCUCUUACCGAGGCUCUGCACGAAACACUCCAACGCACAGACACUAACAAUCUCUGGAAAAACAUGUCUGGUGCGCUUUACUGGGUGAGUGCUGUAGGUGCAGCAGCAGCUCGCACACCCAGUACGAUGAACAUGGCGCAACAAAAAAAGCCUGGAGCUGACGCCUACUCGGUCUGGGUUCGACGCUGUCUGAUUAUGACUGCAACCCGAACAAUGAUUGUUCUGGUGUUCGAACACCCUACAGCAAUCAUCACAGCGCAGAGAACAUUAUUGAAAGUGCAGGAUUUGAUCGGGACUUAUUCGCCUAGCCACCGUAGGAUCUAA